GUUUGAGAACACACACACACACACCAGUCCACGCUCCACAGUGUCUUCUAUCACUGUUCCAACACUGACGUUUUGCUGUUGGUUGGAGUCUGUGGAUCUGCAUUGGCCUCAGGACGGUGCAUGUUGCAAGACCCCGGGUGGACGAAUGCACUGAAUGAUGGCAGUACUAGACAAAGGAAGGCUGGAAUACAGACUCACUCUGCUCACACUGAGCCUCACUCUGCUCGGGUGGGGAGUCCAAGGACAGGGGAAUGGACGUGGUGUGAAGGAAGUAGCAGGCAGUACCACCGUCUACCUCGGCCAGUACAGUGACAUCUGGAGGCCGCUCAUCCGUGCAACAGUCAACCUCAGUGACGUCAGUAGCAUCAAGUCAUCCUUUCAGAUACGGACGUUUGACCCCGAGGGUGUAAUUUUCUAUGGAGACACCAAAGGUGGAGAAGACUGGUUUGUUUUGUCCCUGAAGAAUGGCAUUCCCCUGAUGCAGCUUAGUCAGGAUCACAUGGACGUCAGUGUGGCAGGAGGCCCCAAAAUCAAUGACGGCAAAUGGCACACACUGGAGGUGAGCAACAAAGAGAUGUUUGUUAUUCUGGAGGUGGACGGCUCCAGUGAGGUGGUGGUGGGAAUGCACAGCAACAGGACACAGCAGGCCAUGUCAGGUGAACUACGUCUGGCUGUGGGUGGGAUCUUGAUCGAUAAGGACAGGCUGAUGAUUCAGUUUAAGCCGCACAUGGACGGAUGCCUGCGUGAGGGCAAGUGGCUGAAUCUCAGUGUCCCCUGGGAGACAGCAGGGGAUUUGUGGCCAUGCUAUGAAAACAUUCAGACUGGCAGUUACUUCCCUGGCAGUGGAUAUGCCAUUUUUAACACCUCCGUUUUACCUCAGGAAUCAAACGAAAGAAUAAAGAUUGAAGUGGAGGGAGAUUUCAGCCAAAUGGAUGGAACAAUUUUCAGCAUCAAAGGUCCAUGGAAGGUUGUGUCAACUUUAGUGGCCAACAAUGACACGAAGACGGUCACAUUCACAUUUGGUGAAAAAAAGAUAAACAUGAAAAACACUUUGAAGAGAGUGGUGAUAACAUUUCAUGGGUUCCUGGAGGUUUUUCAAGAACACCCCAAGCUAACUGAUUUAGGAAUAACUUCAAUGACCAACCCUGAGAUUUUUAGCAUUUGGAAACAUGGCCAUCUCGCUAUUGGAAGUCUGCUAGGUGAAGGUGAGGGCAACAUUGGUUCUCAGUUCUUGACAGGCUGUCUGAAGAAAAUACAGAUCCAGGGGCAAGAUUUGGACUUUGAUUUGGCAAUCAAACAAAAAUCGGUCACCACUCACAGUUGCCCUGCAUAGAAGAUAAAUAAUAUGUGGACUACAUGUACAAGUGACUUGUUGUUGGUGCUAAAAUUGUAAAUGGAAUGUAUUCUGCAUCCAAAAUCUAUCUUUGUUUGAGCCUUUCGUGACAACCUUUAACCAGUUAACUGUCAAAUUGUUCUGUUUUGUUUUUGUUUUUUUCAAUUAAAUUGUGCUAAUUGUCUUUUAGAAUUAUUAUUAUUAGAGUAUUUACUAUUGGACAUUAUUGUGUUGUUCAAAUAGACAUCUUCCACUGCCUGGCUACGCCAACAGACUUUGGUAUGAUAAUUGUGUUUCUGAAAAAUAUGUUCUAUUAUAAUAUAUUAUAAUUAUUUUUAAACCCAUAACUAAUAAUAGCAUUGUUGUGUUUCGGAUAAAUUCAUAAUGAUGAGUUGACUAGAGAAGAUUAACGUAAAGGUUUGGGCUCCCUCUAGUGGUAAUUCUUAGACAGUGUUAAAUGAAACAUACACAGCUUUUAAAAAAGUUACAUAACCACUACUUAUCGUUUAGAAACAAUGACAGUACACAUAUUGAAGAACAAUAAAAGCAUUUUAGAAGCUU